AUGCCAAACCUAACGAGUUUAGAGUUUGAGGCGUUGGAUAUUUCCGGGGAUAAUUACCUCGCGUGGGCAUUGGAUGCCGAAAUCCACCUCAGUGCAAAAGAGCUUGGUGAAACAAUCAAGGGAGGGAAUGAGGCUGAAUCUAAGGAUAAGGCAAAAGCAAUGAUAUUCCUUCGCCAUCACCUCCACGAAGGUCUCAAGAGUGAGUACCUGAAUGUGAAAGAUCCACAAGUCCUUUGGACUAGUUUGAAAGAGAGGUAUGAUCACCAGAAAAUUGUGAUCUUACCUAGAGCUCGUUAUGAUUGGACACAUCUGAGACUCCAGGACUUUAAGUCUGUAAGUGAGUACAACUCAGCAUUGUUCAAGAUUACCUCCAAGUUGGAGUUAUGUGGAGAGAAAGUCACGGAUGCUGAUAUGUUAGAGAAGACAUUCUCUACAUUUCAUGCAAAUAAUGUUGUCCUGCAGACACAAUACCGUGAAAAGGGAUUCCAGAAGUAUUCCCAGUUGAUAUCUUGCCUUCUUGUGGCAGAGCAAAAUAAUGAGCUGUUGAUGAAAAAUCAUGGUCUGCGCCCAACUGGUUCUGCUCCAUUCCCUGAAGCGAAUGCGACGUCCUAUGAUAGGAAAGAACGAAACCACAAUGGACAAGGCCAUACCCGUGGUCGAGGUCGUGGUGGACGGGGUCGUGGCUAUGGUCGUGGACGUGGAAGAGAUUUUGGUGUACGCCAAAGAAUGUCGUUUAAGAAUGCACGCUCUCACCAAAAUCAGGAAAACAAAGGUGGUAACAAGCAAGUAACACAAGGGAAUGCAUGUUACCGCUGUGGAGGAAAUGACCAUUGGGCUCGUUUGUGCAGUACACCAAAACACCUUGUGGUCUUUAUCAACAAGUUGUUAAAGAAAAGGGAAAGAAUGUGGAAACAAAUUUGGUGUACGAAGAUGGUGAAGAUGAUUUUGAGAUGA